AACCUUUUUGAUAACAAGAAAAACAACGAUGAACAUUUUUUAUGUGUUAAACAUAUUUUCUGUUCUGUGAUUUUACUAUUGGUUAUUGUUUUUUAAAAUUCACUUAAAAGUUACAAUUUUAAAUUACCUUAGUAAGCCAAUUGUUUGCACAAUCAUUUCAAGAUGCGCUUAAGUAACGUGUUACAUUAUCGAGAUAUGCGUCGGUACACAAAGAAUCCUCUUGAGGUUCGUUUUGAAGAAUUGUUGCCCUUAAAACUAAAAAACAAAGUAUCGGGAAAAGGAGAUAGAUCUAAAGAACGUGCAUGUGUUCAUGAAAUGUCUAUUAUGUUUGCUUGUUUCAAAAAAAAUGAAUUUGAUCAGUCUCGCUGUUCAAAUGAAAUCAAUUUGUUUCAAGUUUGUGCAAAUAAACAUCAUAUCGAGAAGUUCAAAAGAAAACAGAAUAUUCGAGAAGGAAAUAUUUCUUUAGGGAAAGAUAAUCUUACUCCUAGAGAAAUAAAUUAUCUUCUGAAGAAGCAUCCAAAUCCAUAAUUUUUUUUUUUUCUUAGAAGAAUAUUUAUACAUUUAAUGUGUUCAUUUUUGUGCUUUG